AUGCACGAAGAGAACUCCUUGCCUGCUUCCAACAACUUUGCUGCCAACGGCUUCUCCAAUAGCAACCAGUCCAACGCCGCCGCGGCGCCAGGCUUCGCGCUCGAUCCGCUCGAGAUGAUGAAGCGCGCUCCGUCCCAAUCCUACGACGCACAUACUGCCAACCUGGGCCAACUGCCCUCCAUUCCCAACGCACAAAUGCCGGAUGCAGGCUCCAAAAAGGCCCGCUUUGUCUCGGAUGGCAACAUUCCGAGUCUUGCUCAGCAGAACUUUGGCAACGCAUCGGCAGCCACACUCGGUGCAUACUCGCAAGGCGUCGGCGGCGCAUCGUCUCAAGCUCAAGGCUCUUACCUCGCCAACAACGGCGCACCCCUCCACCAAGGUCAGCCGUUUGCAGGCGUAGCCGGUCUUCAGCCUCCAGGCAAUGGCACUAACGGCACACGCUCCUUCUCUGGCAAUCUCGGACAUGCCGGCCUGCUCGGCGCCCAAAACGGCCAGACCUUUGAUGCUGCUGGCUCAGCACCCUUCUUGAUGCCCAAUGCGUACCCGAACUUCGCUGCCAACUUUGCCAACGCACCUGGCUUUGUCCCCAAUGUAGGCGUCAUGGCGGCCAUGCCAAGGCAGGUCAACCCGCUCAACCGAACCGUCUAUGUCGGCAACCUCCCCGCCGACGCCUCGGUUGACGAAUUGCUAAAUCACGUCAAGUUCGGUCCGAUAGAGAACGUGCGCAUCCUGCCCGAGAAGAACUGCGCCUUCAUCUCGUUCCUUGAUGGCUCCAUUGCCACAGCCUUCCACGCCGAUGCUUGCGUCAAGAAGAUAUCGCUGCACAAUCAAGAGCUCAAGAUUGGCUGGGGCAAGCCGUCACAAUGCCAUCCUGCCGUCUUGAUGGCGGUGCAGCAGAACCAGGCGUCGAGAAAUGUCUACGUCGGCCAGCUCGACGAGAAUGCUUCCGAACAGUCGCUUCGAGACGAUCUCUCGCGCUUUGGUCCUAUCGACCAGGUCAAGAUUGUGCGCGACAAGAACAUCGGUUUCAUUCACUUCCUUUCGAUCCAAACGGCCAUGAAGGUGGUCGCGACACUGCCCACCGAGCCAGCAUGGGCAGGAAAGAGAGUGAGCUACGGCAAGGAUCGAUGUGCAUACGUGCCCAAGAGCCAACAGCAGAACCAGGCGCACAACAACCAAGCUGCUGCGAUGGGUCUUGCGGCGGCGGCCUCGCUCGGAUAUCCCACUGCGGCAUUCGCCGGAGCAGGCGCAGGUGUACCUGACAAUGGACGCUCGCCUGCCAGCUCGGUGUUUGGCCCCACCGCUGCCAUGAUCGGUGCCAACGCCACUGCGCUCGAGCAGCUCGGCAAUCGCACCAUCUACCUUGGCAACAUCCAUCCCGAGACCACGACGGCCGAGAUCUGCAACCACAUCCGUGGAGGCAUCUUGCAAAACAUCCGCUUCAUUCCCGAGAAGCAUAUCGCAUUCGUCACGUUUGUGGACCCGAACGCUGCGUUGGCCUUCUUUCACCUGGCGUCCUACUCGGGGAUCAUGAUCCACAAUCGCCGACUCAAGAUCGGAUGGGGCAAGCACUCGGGGCCGUUGAGUCCAGCGAUCCAAUUCGCGGUUCAGGCAGGAGGCUCGCGCAACGUCUACAUCGGCAACAUUGACGACCCAGACUUCUUGACCGAGGACAAAAUCCGCAACGACUUUUCGCAGUACGGUGAGAUCGAGACGGUCAACAGCCUGCGCGAGAAGAAUUGCGCGUUUGCCAACUUCACCAACAUCCAGUCGGCGAUCAAGUGUAUCGAAGGGAUGAAGAGUCAUCCGGACUAUCAGAACGUUAAGAUCUCGUACGGCAAGGAUCGAUGCGGCAACCCACCGCGCAGUCUGGGCCACAACAUGUCUGGCCACGGCGAUAGCUCGAGAAAGGUGAGCGGAUCGGUGUCGCCCAACGUCUCGAUGGUGCAGAGCCAAGCAGACGAUACCAUGGUGACGGCGAGCGAAUCGGUGCAGGAUUUGAGCUCGGUUGCAGGCGACACGAGCACAGGUGCCGCAGUAGGAGCAGGAGCAGCUUCGACGAACAAGGCUUCGCAGGAGGAAGCUGCGACAGAAUAG